UCAUACUUACCUACCCAUCAGGCAUCGUAAACCUUAUAAACGUCACAAUACGUCACUACGGUCUCUUUUCGACCCUUAUUUCUGACGUCAUAAUCCUAUUUACAGCUGUGAAAGUUUGAGAUGAGUUUGAGUGGUCACGCACGUUCUGCGUCCCUCAACCUUGUCAGGUAUUUCACAGCCGCGAAAGUCGACGUCAUUUGAUGACACGAUGUUCAGUUUUCUCUUGAUCAACGCUGUCUUCCUGUUACAGGUUGUAGCCAGACUCUUCGGCGUUCUGAAGAGAGCCGUGAACGUGCGAUUCGUUCGCAGUGAGAAGUGUGCAAGUGCAGUGCCGCCCCCACCCGUGGUGAGGGAGCCUAGCGCCCCUGCACAAGAGUCUGGCACAUCGGUGAGGAAGAAAACAAGGCCCAACGAUGAGUCGUGCGCAACUUCAGUAAAGAAGAAAUCCCGGCGAAGUGACCUGAACGGGCCUACCGACAAUGCGAACCCGCCGAAGAUCAAGGCUGCAGAGCCCGACAAACCCAGCCCCUCUGUACGGGCUCCCGGUACAGCCAAGGGCAAUUCGAAGGCGACAUUCGGCGGAAUGAAGGCCGGGUUCUUGCUACAGUCUCAAAAGAAGAAGCCUCAGCCCAAGAAAGAGUCAGCAGCAAAGGCAGACAGCUCCAAGGCCGUGAAGGCUCCGCCUGACCAAAGUCUGAAGAACACUGCAUCUGCGGGUCAGAAGGAUCCCGCCGCCGAGGCCGGUCACCUGAAAGUGAGCCCCUCUCAGAAGAAGGAAGAUCCCCAAACCCCCUUGGCCAGUGCCGGAGAGAAGUCGGGCCAGAAGCAGGCUCAGUCUCCGCGCCCCACUACUGAGUCCGGACAGACUCCCCACCAGUCAUCCUCGUCAGAGACCAUCCCCAUCAUCCCUGUCCUUGCGCACGUUCGUCCCAUCCUGUUGCCGGUUCCAGGCACCAACCAAGCGUCGCUCAUUUGGGACGGGAGCAGAAAGGCCCGUAACUUCCUGGCAAUGAUCAUCGCAGCAAGAAGGGCUGCGGGACUCUAAAUUCCCAGGAUAUUUGAUUUUUGGGGUUUGGAAAAUGGUUUUUGCAGCGCAGUUUGAUUUUUUUUAGUUCCUCAUGUAAAGCAGUAAUAGUGACCCACAACUGGAAACACUUCUUGCAGUUCUAGAACGUCAGAACGUUUCGAUUUGGAGGUUUCUGCAAGGGUUUGCAAAAUUUUUUUUUUACAGCGCAGUUUUUUUUUAGUUCCUCAUGUAAAAGAUAUGAUGGUGACCCACAACUGGAAACAUUUCUUACAAAUAUGCAGUUUUCUACAUUCCGAUUACGCUAUGGAUGUAGUCCGGUUAUCUUCGGUAUUCAAUAAGACAAAAACCAAAAAAGAAAAAAAAAGUAUUUUUGUCGUCAUUUUCAUAAACAGAACAGUAUUACAAGUAGUUUCAACUUAGAUGAGUCUUUCUCUACAAAGUCAAACAAACAGUUUAUUUCAUAUGUUGCUUGCUGGUCCACUAACAAAACUAACACAACAAAGUGCUUGCUGGUCCACUAACAAAACUAACACAACAAAGUGCUUGCUGGUCCACUAACAAAACUAACAAAACAAAGUGAUAGCCUGUUGCAUAAUCAGUUCAUGACUUUUUUUAGCAUCAUCUCUUGCACAUAUAUAGACUGUAGUAUGCUACAUUGUUUUUUUAUGGUGACACGUAACUACGUCAUUGCACAUGUAUACUACCUAGUAUCCGUUCACUCUUGAUUUAGAUGUACAGAAUUGUCACACCAAGGUUUUAAUAAUAAAGUUUCAAUUUUCCCUGAUUUGCCAGUCUGUUUUCGAUGUCUUUUCUAGUCUAACACUUAAAAUCCUGCGUACGACAAGUUACAAAAUUUUAUCAAGGUAUCUUCAGAACCAUCUGGCAGACAACUUGAGAGGCGCGACGCUCCCUGGAGCAUGCGGUGCUGAGUGAGUGAAUGAGUCUUGUUGUGCUCACACCUUGCAGUAGGAGUCAUAGUCGACAGGAGGCGCGCUUGUAUUGCUUGGAUCCAGGUCUUUCAUACCUGUGACAUCCUGCUGCAGCUCAACCGAUAGGACAAUUGCUGUUGAAUGUGUAAGACACAGGAGGAGCGAGUAGAAACAGAUAACCACGAACCCACGACCCUCCAGGCCACCGUCCGACGCUCUAAUGACUCGGCUAAAAGGUAUAGACCCAUCGUCUGGGACAGUUGGUCGCGCCUAUGAACCCCCCACUGUUACAAAUGUGUUGUUGGUUGCUCAGUUAUCCCUUUAUUCCCACUGACUCCCAUAAGGCAGUAGACGUGCAUAUAAGGCCAUGUUGAUUUGAUUAUAUGG